AUGUCUUACUCUGGUCUGUCGAGGAAGAAUGUUUUUAUGGCUGGGUUGCUCAAAUAUUUUGAGCUUGAUCAGUUCCUCAGUGGCGCCCGACUCAACCCAAUUAUUAUCGAUGAUAGUCCGGAAUCCCCCGAAGACCUUGUAAAGGAUUCCACUGGUACUUCUCAGGAUCUCGUCUUAGUAGACGGGGAUGCUCCCACGAACCCACGGCUCAAACGCUUCCCAGUAGUUCCAUCCCCCACCCUACCGCUUCAGUCAUCUACCCAUAUCUUCACCGUCAUGUUCCGAGGAAAAGAAGGUCCUCUAUCCGCGACUUUCUCGGCAGUCCUCACAAACUCUUUCGAUGAGUUCUUCAAUCUCAGCUGCGACGCAUGCGGGCUCAAUGAAUACCGGAUGGAAGACAAAGAUCAUAUGGAGAUCAGCAUUUCCGCUAAGAGCAUUGGCAAGAAGGUUGUCUACAGCGGAAGAUACAGAGUGAUGGUUUGGCUCACCUUGAUGGAGUUGAUCGGGCUGAUGCCGCAGUCGGACGUUGCGGUUUAUUUCCUCGACUACGUCUUUGUCUAG